UCUGUCGCUGAGUGAGCCGCAGUCUCUAGAGCACCAAGGUGUUUCGGUCGCCCGCGGCCAGCCUCGCCCGCAAAACCGGUGUUGUUGGGCUGCAUCCCGAGCGGGGACGUUGGCGGAGCACGGAAAGCGGCCACCAUGCCGAUCAAUAAAUCCGAGAAGCCAGAAAGCUGCGAUAAUGUGAAGGUUGUUGUUAGGUGCCGGCCCCUCAAUGAGAGAGAGAGAUCAAUGUGCUACAGACAGGCCGUCAGCGUGGAUGAGAUGAGGGGAACCAUCACCGUCCAUAAGACCGAUUCUUCCAACGAACCUCCAAAGACAUUUACUUUUGAUACUGUUUUUGGACCAGAAAGUAAACAGCUUGAUGUGUAUAACUUAACUGCAAGACCUAUUAUUGACUCUGUUCUGGAAGGCUACAAUGGGACCAUUUUUGCGUAUGGACAGACUGGGACAGGCAAGACUUUCACCAUGGAAGGUGUCCGUGCUGUGCCAGGGCUCAGAGGAGUCAUCCCCAACUCAUUUGCUCACAUAUUUGGUCACAUUGCAAAAGCAGAGGGAGACACAAGGUUUUUGGUCCGAGUGUCAUACUUGGAGAUAUAUAAUGAAGAAGUGCGAGACCUUUUGGGCAAGGAUCAGACACAACGGUUAGAGGUUAAAGAAAGGCCUGAUGUGGGAGUGUAUAUCAAAGAUUUAUCAGCUUAUGUGGUCAAUAAUGCUGACGAUAUGGAUAGAAUCAUGACACUGGGCCACAAAAAUCGUUCUGUUGGUGCAACUAACAUGAAUGAGCACAGUUCAAGGUCCCAUGCCAUCUUUACAAUUACUAUAGAGUGUAGCGAGAAAGGUGUUGAUGGAAACAUGCAUGUCAGGAUGGGGAAACUCCAUCUUGUGGAUCUCGCUGGGUCAGAAAGACAAGCGAAAACUGGAGCCACGGGACAGCGCCUCAAGGAAGCUACAAAAAUCAACCUUUCACUCUCCACCCUGGGCAACGUCAUCUCUGCCUUGGUGGACGGGAAAAGCACGCAUGUGCCAUAUCGGAACUCUAAACUGACACGUCUUCUGCAGGAUUCCUUGGGAGGGAACUCAAAAACCAUGAUGUGUGCAAAUAUUGGGCCAGCAGAUUAUAAUUACGAUGAAACCAUCAGUACCUUGCGGUAUGCCAACCGAGCCAAGAACAUUAAAAACAAAGCGAGAAUUAACGAAGACCCUAAGGACGCUCUGCUUCGUCAGUUCCAGAAAGAGAUAGAAGAGCUGAAGAGAAAGCUUGAGGAAGGGGAAGAAGUUUCAGGCUCUGACAUCAGUGGGUCAGAGGAGGAUGAUAAUGAGGAGGGUGAACUUGGAGAAGAUGGAGAAAAAAGGAAGAAGAGAAGGGACCAAGCAGGUAAAAAGAAAGUUUCCCCAGAUAAGAUGGUGGAAAUGCAAGCGAAAAUUGAUGAGGAGAGAAAAGCAUUGGAAACAAAACUUGACAUGGAAGAAGAAGAAAGAAACAAGGCUAGAGCUGAGCUGGAGAGACGGGAGAAGGACCUUCUGAAAGCCCAACAAGAGCACCAGUCUUUGCUGGAAAAACUAUCUGCUUUGGAGAAGAAGGUCAUUGUUGGUGGUGUGGACUUGUUGGCCAAAGCUGAGGAGCAAGAGAAGCUUCUUGAGGAGUCCAAUAUGGAGCUGGAAGAGAGGAGGAAGAGAGCUGAGCAACUUCGGAAAGAACUCGAGGAGAAAGAGCAAGAACGCUUGGACAUUGAGGAAAAAUACACCAGUCUGCAAGAGGAGGCACAGGGAAAGACCAAGAAAUUAAAGAAAGUCUGGACCAUGCUGAUGGCUGCAAAGUCAGAGAUGGCUGAUCUCCAGCAAGAGCAUCAGAGGGAAAUUGAAGGCCUCCUGGAGAACAUUCGGCAGCUCAGCCGUGAGCUUCGGCUUCAGAUGCUCAUUAUUGAUAACUUCAUACCUCAGGAUUACCAGGAAAUGAUUGAAAACUAUGUCCACUGGAAUGAAGACAUAGGAGAAUGGCAGCUGAAAUGUGUGGCCUACACAGGAAAUAACAUGAGGAAACAAACCCCAGUGCCUGACAAGAAGGAGAGAGACCCUUUUGAAGUAGAUCUUUCCCACGUGUACCUCGCCUAUACAGAAGAGAGUCUGCGUCAGUCUUUGAUGAAGUUAGAAAGGCCACGGACCUCCAAGGGGAAAGCAAGGCCAAAGACUGGGAGAAGAAAGCGUUCUGCAAAGCCUGAGACCGUAAUUGAUUCUUUACUUCAGUAAAUGUUACAGAAUUAAGGUUACAAUAAAAAAAGAGUGAUAUUCUCAUUCCUGGACAGAAAUCCUUAAUUAAGACACUGAGGACACCUGUGUAAUUCACAUAAUGUAAGCUGUAAAUUAUGGAGUGAGACUGGAAGUAGUAAUUUUCCUUAUAACUUUUAGGCUCUUAAGUUUCUGUAACAUGUUAAGUGUGCAUAGGUCAUGAUUGUUGUGCCGCAAUGCUCUGUGGAAGGAAGGGCGCAGUUCUUACAGAACAUUGUGGUUGUAUGUGAAUGUGUGUCUCUUAGCUAUGUACUCAGCUAUUGUGUAUCAGAGUAGAAGAAAGUCUGUCUUGUUUGCACACAGCGCAUAGCAGAUCACCUUGUCCUGUGUCAAACGCCUGGGUGGCUCAUCUAAACAGUAACUUCUAAUACCUGACAGGCCUGUCUAAAUGCAUUCUGACUUUAUACUGAUGUUCGUUGCAUUUAGGUAUGAGAUGACUGACUUUAUGGAUCUCCUGUAGAAAAUUGUAUAAUUUGACAGCUUUGCAGGCUUGCAUUUUAAAGGUACAGUUUGAGCAUGUGCUUCAUCUGGCCACCCUCCACCAGUUUCUCUCACCCUAACUCCACCCACAUUAGCCUUUCUUGUUGUUGCUGGCUUGGUUUCCCUCCCAAAGCCAACACUGGCCAUUUACCUUUGCUCACACAUUUUUAAAGGUUUCCUUGGACAGAUGGCUUACAGACACUCUAUCGCUGCAUUUUAAGUUUUGAUGGAAAUGACUGUAUACAAAUUGAAACCAGUCUCAUUUUUCAGAAAAUGAAGCUAAACCAGAAGAAUACCUUUUAAUUUUCUUUAUAGCAUUUACAUAUAUAGAAAAUACUGUUCUGAAUUUCUUCUCUUGAUUAAUCCAGUUAGGUCUUAUUCCUCUCCAAAAAAGUUAUAUUCAAUAUAUAGUAAAAUAAGUUAUAAUAAUUUUUUUAUAAUAAAUGUUUUUACUUUUUUGGUGUCUACUUAAAAAUUUUUGAAGGUUAUAAGGUCUUGUGCUUUGGAAACCUAUCAUGCUUUCUAAGUUUGAAAUUGUGCAACCACUCCAAGCUCUUGAUUACAAAGGUUUUGAGACUUCCCAAGUUAGGAUUAACUAGGUUAGUAUGACUUAGCAAGUUCAGGUAAAUAAUGGCUUAUAUUAGAGAGCUGUGUAUAGGCUAUGACCGAGUAGAGGUACAGCCUGGUGAGGUGACGGAAAAUGUGGCCAUAUAUCUGUGGAGUCUUCCAGAAAGAGAGUGUCCUGUAUGUGCAGUGUGUGCUGAUCAUGGCCACUGUGGCAGUGUCCUCAAGGUAGUGUGUGGCCUGGGUACUGUGGCGCACUGAGCAGAGUGUGUCUCAUGAAGGCUCAUGUGAGCCAAGCGUCUUGGUGAUGUCUAAUUUCUUCAUGGUGUAAAUUUAACUGUUAGUAAUGACAGAAUCUUAAUUUAACCUGUAAGGAAAAUUAAUCUAUAUGCUUUCAUUUUAAAAGUCUGUGUUUCUAUCACUUAACAGUUUAGUUGGCCUGGAAGGAAUAUCUGCUGUGAAUUAAACUAAAACAUUAUAGAUGUUGAUUCUCUAAUAUGUGUUAAAACCUAUAACAAUAACAAAAUAACUCCAUAAAAACUGAAAAUAUUGAGAAAAUUCUCUAAAUAUCUUAGUAAUUUUGUUUGUUUGCUUGUUUGUUGUUUUGAGAUGGGAUCUCUCGGUGUUAGCCCAGGCUGGCCUGGGACUCAGGAUUCUUCUGCCUCAGCCUCCCAGGUGCUGUGAUUACAGGUGACGUCAUAACACCAAUGUGUUCAUGAAAGCGUUUGUGUUAAAGCUCUGACCAGGCGGACAUGGUUCAUUUUUUGAAAACCGUGUUAGAUUCCUGCCGGGUUGGGAGGUCGGUUUGAAGACGGGAGGACACCCACUUCUGCCACAGCAGCACUGUGACUGCUCCUCACUUCCUGUGUCUUUGUCCACAAAGGAGUAGUUUGUAUUUUCAGUGUUGAUUUCUUGAAUGGAUAGAGAUGAAGAACAAACUUGCUUAAUGUUUAAAAUAAAUGUACAGAUUUUAAAUGAGUGGGACAGACCGAUAAAUAGGGUAUUGAUGAGUAUCCUUUCCCCCCUUUAAUUUAAAAAGUAAUAUUUAUUUACUUGAAAGGAACCCUAGUAGGAAGUCAUGUUGGCUCUGACAGCCAGGCUCCCUACUCUGUCUGUUGUGAUGUUCAGGCUCUUAGCCGAGGGAAGGCUGUGCAGCCAGUGUUUGCCUGACAACAGAAUCCUUUCACAAGCUGUUUACAUUCUGGAGAAGGUGGUUUUCUAGUUUGUGUUUUUGGAAUAUCAAGGUGGUUUUGCAGGGGAAAGUGUUGCUUCAUCUGUGACAUGGUUUUAAAGUUAUGAUUACAGUUUUAACGUUUCUGUUUUCAUCUUAGGUUUAGAAUGUGUCCCGUCCUCCUUGCCCCCUUUUAAGGCGUAACACAAGGAACACCCUCUUUCCUAUAGAGCUGUGAGUUACGGGAUGGGCGACGUUUACAUUUGCACACACUGUGUCUGCCCAGUUUCUCCUCCCUCCCUUCAUUCUGAGAUAGAGGCCCAUUAGCCUAGGCUGGCCACAAACCCUCUAUGUAGCUCAGGUUGGCCUUGAACUCCUGAUCCUCCUCUACCUCCACCUCACAAUUGCUGGGAUUACAUUUAUGCACCACUACACCCCAGCCCCUCUCCCCCAUGUCUUAAUAUAUAGAAUUGUUUUCUUCUUUGUUCUCUUUCUUUUAACUACUAGAAAACACAGUUCUUCCUAGUGCCUUUGAGCUGACCCUGCAGUUUGACUAAUUAGAAUCCGUGGAAACCUGAGCAGCAUUACUGUAUUGCUGUUACCAGCCAGGACACAAACUGUAUAAUAAGUUGGCUGUGUUAAUUCAAAAACCACACUUGGGUUGUAUUUUAUGUAUAAAUUGUAUUUGUUUAAGUUGUAUAUAUCAGUGUUGUGUGCACAUGCAGCAUGAUGAGAAAUAAAAUUUCUCCCCAAUGCCUA